GAAGGACAUCAACUCUCCAGACAGUGGCAUAUCAGCGGACCACCAUGACACAGAGUCGGAGACGUCACCCGGGGAUGUCAAACACAAAGUUGGUCCACUGACGGAAGACAUCUAUGCAAUUCCAGAAAGAAGAUCAAAGACAGAAGAGGUACUUCUUCCUCCGGGCUGGGAGAAACAUGAAGACAAAGAAGGGCCCUACUACUGGCAUAUCAAAAGCGGAACCAUCCAGAGGGAGCCACCUCCUCCGCCGUCUCCAGGCACAGUACAGCGAGCCCAGAGGCAGGAAUCCCAGCCCAGUGAAACAGUUAAUGAGGCACCGCAUGUGCCACACAGGUCUUCCGCGGAGGUAGAAACUCUAGUUGGGAGUGUCAUGACUGCAGCAGACACCAGCAAAGAUGACAGCGCCAUCUGUGAGGAAGAGGUCCUCCAUGAAUUUGAUCCUCUGGCUGGCACACAGCCAGAAGGCCAGUUACAAUUCCAAGAGGGUGCGUUGGAGAGUCCCACCGCAGAAACAGGAGAGAAACCAAUCAGAUUUGCUGUUAGAUCUCUUGGUUGGGUGAAAAUAGCCGAAGAAGAUUUAACUCAAGAAAAGAGUAGUCGAGCCGUAAACAAAUGUAUUGUGGACUUGUCACUGGGGAAGAAUGAUAUCAACGAUGUGGUGGGAAGAUGGGGAGAUGGAAAGGAUCUAUUUAUGGACCUUGAUAGUAUCAGCCUGAGGCUUGUAGACCCACAAGAUUUUACAGUUCUUAACUCCCAGUCCAUACACUCUAUACGAGUGUGGGGUGUAGGGCGAGACAACGGGAGGGAUUUUGCAUAUGUUGCAAGGGAUCCUGUCACGCGGAAGCACAUGUGCCACGUGUUUCGUUGCGAUACACCAGCAAGACAGAUUGCAAAUACCCUAAGAGACAUUUGCCAAAAGAUUUUAGCUGAGAAAAAAGAGGAUGCGCAAGCUGCUGCCAAUGGCACUGCUUUGCAGAAGAUGAGCGUGGCCAGGCCAGACAAUUUACCCAACUUGAAGAAGACCAGUGACACAAACGGACAGAAAAUUACAUUCGAGAGUUUGUAUCAAAAUGCGGCUUUCCCCACUCCAAUGGAGGAGCCAAAGAAAGUGAUCAAGUGCCAUUACCUUGGCUCCGCAGUUGUACAUAAACCCACAGGCGUUGAUGUCCUGAAUGCAGCUAUUGAUAGGAUAUACGCCAAGGUGCCGCCGGAGAAGUGGGUCUUCGUGGAUGUGGGCGUGGCACCCUCUACUAUCACAAUAAGUGAACACAAGAAAGCUGAGAACAUUUUGGUGGAAAGCAGAGUUCGCUUCCUGUCUUUCAUGGGAAUAGCCAUGAAAAAUGUAAAACUUUGUGGGUACAUAAUGCACAAUGCCAAUGACCACUAUAUCGCCCAUGCAUUCCACUGUGAGCCUUCUGCAGGUGCCCUUUGUAAAACUAUUGAAGCAGCUUGUAAGCUUCGAUUCACCAAACUUCUCGAUUCACACCCUGCUCCGGCUGAGCUGCGGUAUCAGAAAUGCCUGGAUGCCCACCCACAAACACCUGACCACAAGAAACAACAGCAAAGCAAGGGUAUUGGUGCUACAUUAAAAUCUGUUUUUGGAACUCUUGUUCCUAAGAAGAAAAACAGCAAGAGCUAACCAUACCAGUGCUGUCACCUGGUGGCAGUUUAUGAGCAAAAAUGAGAAAGAGAUUGCAUUUUCAGUUUUCAUUGGUCAAGGAAUCCUACCCUGCACCAAAUAUGUAACUUGUCAUCAUUGGCUAUGAUAGGAGGGCUUAUAUUGCUGCACAGCACAAAGACAUGUCUUAACCAUGCACCAUUCUGUGUUGUUGCCAAAGUUGGUAAAAUUAAAGCAAGCUCGAGAUUUUAACUUUUGGUACAGGAGAUAAAGUCACUGAUGUUGUACGUUGGUGGUUCAUCCUGAAUUUGAUGGACAUUUGGAAUUUAUGAGAAGCAUACAUUCAUAAACGUUGUUGUUAUGCCAUUCUCAAUGACAACUUGGUUUGAAAAGAGUUUGAAAAAAUUAUUUGAUUGCAGUGUUUUAUAGCUUCUAGUUUAUGAAUAACCAGCUUUCUAAUUUGGGUCAACCGCAGGCUACGGCAGUGCUACAUGUAUAUACGUAUGACGAUGAAGUCUUGCUGUACAGUUACAUGGUCAUUCAGAAAAGACAACACGAGCCCUAGAAAACAUUGCCUUAAUAUACAAAAUGAUAUACAUAUCACAGAUGAAUCUUGUAUCAUGGAAAUAACUAUGGAAAAAAUUAUCAUUAACCAUUGGGUCAGUAAUUUAUUUCAUUGGAAGAUUAAUAUAAUAAAUUGACACCAAUCUCAAUUUUUGUGCAAUAAUGCGAAAACGGUUAAACAAAAUGUACAGCUGGCUUGCAGCUGUAGCUGGCACACUCAACUUCAGGAGAUUUUACCCAAAGACAAUCAACCAUAUUUGUCAGCAAGGACAGGUCGCAUAAGUAGACUAUUGUCAGUGCAAUGGGUAUUAAUCAGGCACACAAACUUCCUUGUGUAUUCUUAUUAUUUUAUGAAUACUUAAUUUGUACAUGCUGAAUAUGGGCUUAAUAUAUACGCUUCCUGUUCUUGUUAAUUUGCACAAAUUAUGAUAAACAUAUCGAUCACAGCUCUGGAGAUGGUCUUCAAAUUGAAGUGCACAGCUGUUAAAUGAAUGUUUGUAUUGUACCUUUGGAGAUGUCCAUGGCAUUAAUGUGUAUUUGUUUGUGGCAGUAUAAAAUUCUGGUACAUCUCCCUACUUGCUUUAUAUCACAUUGAACAGCCAGAGCUUGAGGAGUUUUAUUCCUUGAGUGAGAAUUCUGUAUGCAUUUAUACUCCUGUUAGUCCUUCACCUCGUAUUCUGCUCCAUCUUGAGAAAUUGGAGUCUUCCAGGUUUUAUAAUUCUUGCACGUUAUUAGUCUUCACAAAAAAAUGAAAUCUAGUCCCAUUAAGAGAGGUAGUUGAUGCAUUUUAGUGUAAAGGUAUAGGGUAAGAAACACACACACACACACACACACACACACCCACCUCAUGUACCCCCACUGAACAUAUAAACUUUUACAUUCUGUAUCAAAUUGCAUGAAACCUUGUACGUUAAAUGUAGCACAGGAAUUAUGUUAGUACAGUUGAGCAUUUAACACCUGCAGGGCCCAAAUUAACAAAUUAGAAUGAUAGUUCCCUACUCUUGCAGUGUAGCGUUAUUAAAAUGGGUUAUAAUUGUAAUUUAAA